AUGCUGGAGGAAAAGAAGGCCCAACAGCAAAGGUCGGCGGACACAGGUCACCUGAACGUGUCAAAGAGCAACGACAGGACCCGGAACAUGGCUGCGGGUAAAACCAACAACAACAACAACAACACAAACAACAGCAGCAGCAUCGACGCUGCUCGACGCGACUCCCGAAGCGCCGACAGGCUCGAGCGACCACGUGUGCAUGUGGAGCAAUUAGCAGCCUCGUGGUUUUACUCUGAAAGAAACCGGAUCCCCUAUCCCGGAAGUGUUCCCUGGUUUCCGGCCGUUCAUUUCCUUGUUGUCGUCGGCCUGAGGAAGACUUUUAAACGCGGUGAAACUGAGAAACUCGACGCAAACCACGGAAGCUUUGCUUUGCUUUUGGAGCAUGGUGCCAUAUCUCCUGCUCCAGUGCCCGUAACACGCCCCCUACUGGGAGGGUUCGCAGGGAGCUCGAUCCUCGGACAGCAAGCUGCCACCUUGCAGCUCGCUCACCUGAGAGCCCGGCUUGCUCUGACGCAGAUAAACAAUGCUCUCACAAUUGGCAGUCAAGCUGCAAACUUGACAGCCAGCUCCAACGUCCCUACAUCCUACGUCCCCCCAACCCCCCCCUCCCCAACUGCUGCCGCCAUCAGUCUCCUCAACCUUCUUAAGAUUGCAAACACCAUGUCUCAUCCUUUUUAUAACCCCUAUGUCCCUGGCAACCAGAGUUCCACCCAGGGGUCAUAUGGACUCCCCGGUGUGCAGGCAGAGAGGAACCCUCGGACAGGAUCUCCUCAUUUUGGACCCGGGUCCAGCGCUUCUGCAGCUUCUGCAGCUCCUCCUGGUGGAAUGAACCCAUCACUGCUGACCCAGUCAGUGAGCUACAGGCCCGAACAGGGUCGGGCCAAAUUCGACACGGACAUAGAGCGGUCUGUGGACCUGCAUAUUAGCAGAGCCAGAGAUGAAGUGACAUUUGUUGGUAAACCGGAUCAUCGGCCCAUGGGCCAGAGCAAUCGCUUUACCAACACUCAGGAGAUUCUCUCCUCGGGCCCAGGGACAACCUCCUACCUGAUGUCCACAGCAACUGCAUCUGCCGGACGCAGUGGCAGUGGCUCCUCGGACUGGUUGCCGUUCUACACAAGAUCAACUGCAGAGGAUUCUUCUACAUUUUCUUCAGCACCAGCUUCAACCAACUACACAAGCAGCGAGAGACAGCGUGAGGCACCGGCCGCUCCAGGAUUAGGUGAUUUUGACUAUCGUGUGUCGGACAAACCUGGAGCUCCCGCCGAGACAAGUCGCCCCAAGUACAACACUGAAGCUGCUACUGACAUCCUUUUGCAAUUUGGACUUGAAAAAAAGGAUUUGGACUAUCUCAUCGCGUACCCUGAAGAGCAGAUGACCCCUGACAACCUUCCAUUCAUUUUGCGCCAAAUCCGCACUCAUAAGACCGAAAGAGCUGAGAGAACUGCAAUUCAGCCACAGCCCUAUCCUCCACCUCAACCCAUCAGAGGUGUGAGUGGACUGGAUGGUUUUCAUGGUUCUGGGGGGUCAUCAGCUGUUCUCCAGCCCACUAAAGUGAUUGACUAUGGACAUACUGGCAAUUAUGCUGGAGGCUCUUUGGAUGAGAUCGGACGGUCCAGUGGUGUUAGUGGCAACAUGUUGUUGGUGAACACCAACAAUAUUAGCAGCCACACUCAAGAACCACCGCAAAAAGAUCCAGCUGAGGUGAAAAGCAGCUCCCUUGGUUCUUCAUUUGGCCAAGGUGGCGCUGUUUCCGACUCUUCAUACAUUUCAAUACUGAGCACUGAUCCAGCACAGCGAUUGAAGACCCAACCAAAACAGACUUAUCAAACAAUCCUUAGCUCUUCUUAUCUGUCAAGAAAAAACAAAGAGAGCGGCUUCAGACAUGAGGAAUCCUCCAAGGCCAGUCCUCUGAAGAAAACAGCAACUGCAGCAAAAACCCAACCAUCCUCCAGUCUGUUCCGGAGUGUGCAUCCUGACCGACCUGAUCUCGUGGUCAUUGGUACCAGUGGGGCCACUGGCACCAAGAAUCAGAGCGCAACUCAAGGAAAAGGUUCCAUGGUUGCGAAGCAGAUGUUCAAACAGCAGACGCAGAAGCAGGUGCCGAAACAGCCGGUCACGCACAUGGGGAAAGCGUUGUGGCCUCCAGCUGUUUCUGCUACGCAACCUGCUUCUCUCCUCGCCAUGCACGCAUAUCCUCCUCCAACUGUGCCACCUCCAGGGUUCAGCCCUCACUCCACCAGUACUCCCUCCGCUUCACUUCAACCAGCCAGAAGUCCAAAGAACUUCCUGCAGUCGCCCACACAGCAUCCAGCAAAGUUGCCAGACACCAAUCCUCUGCCAACACCGGCCAUGAUGCAUGACUAUGCAGCCGCCACACCGGGGAUCUUUCCACAUACCUGUUCUCUGUGUUUCAAAGAAUUCACUAACAUGAAGGAUUGGAUCUCCCACCAGAACACCAGCCUUCACCUCGAGAGCUGCAGAGUCCUCCGGACAAAAUACCCACACUGGAAUGGACAAAUUUUGCUCGAGCCCAGUGCUGCAAGGAAAGAUGCCAAACCCUCUUCCUCAGCUUCUGCGCAGACUUCCCAUCAGCGUCGUACGAAAACCAGUCAUGGAGGCCGCUCCCGUUCACACUCGGAGGGAAGAAGAGAGAAACGCAGCCGAUCACUAUCGUCACACAGCUCCAGAUACACUCGUUCCCGGUCUCGUUCUCGCUCUCCGCGUUACGACCACGAUUGGUCGUGUUCAAGGGGCCACGAGAGACCGAGGAGAAGAGACGACGGAUGGUCAUCUCCAACGAGAAGCCUCGAAAGACGAUCAUCGAUGCCAAGGAGGAGCGAAGAGAGAUGGUCGUCUCCAAGACGAAGCCGCGAAAGACUCUCAUCGCCAGGGAGGAGAGGCGACAGAUGGCCCUCGCCAGAGUGGAACGAAGAGAGAUGGUCAUCGCCAAGAAGAAGCCGUGAAAGACUCUCCUCACCCAGGAGGGGCGAUGAGAGAUGGUUGUCUCCGAAGAGAAGAGACGACUUAUGGUACUCGAGAAGACCAUCGUCACCAGAGAGUUCCCCCCAGCGCCGGCUGAGCGGUGCCAGCAGACCGUCCAAGAAACAAACUGGCAAAUCAGAUGUCCAGUCUCUGCCCACACUGACGAAAACUCUAACUCCUGCCUUGCUCAACGAGCUAGGCAAGAAGGCCAAAGGAGGGAAACGCCUGAACCUUGUUCCCUCUGCUGUGAGAAAGAGCCCAGGCUCUGCUGCCUCCUUGUCAGCGAAGAAGAAGACGAUGGUGACGACAUCGCUGCAGAAGAGCGAAGUGAGCGCUCCCCCAAAGCCUAAGGUGUUCAAACCUUCACCUCCAACCAUGGUGAGGUUAGAGGGCGUCGUGAACGGCCUCUCUCACAGUGACGUGGUCGCCGCGGCGGAGCAGUUCGGAAAAACCAAAUCAGUCGUGUUGUUUCGGAAGAAACUGGAGGCACUGGUGUGUUUCGAGAAAGAAGAGGAUGCCAAGAAACUGAAGAGCUUAAAGAGCAUCGACUUGAGAGGAAUCCCAGUCUCCGUUGUCACACAGAAGAUUCUUCAGCUAAAGAAGAUCCCUGUGAAGAAACCAGUUUUGUCAGGUGUCUCCACAUCUCAAACCACUAAAACCACAAAAACCACCACUUCCUCCAGAACGGUUUUGCUCCCCGCGCCUGGCAAAGCCGCACAGAAUUCCUCUGGAGCCAAAACAAAACAAAUACAACAAGCUCCUGCGUCUGCCUCUAAAGCCGCCGGCAGUGAUUCAGCCGUGAGCCAAGAGCUGCUGACCGUUGGGGACACGAUCGUAAAGCACCUGAAUCAGAACAAAAUCAAGUGCAUUAGUAAGAAAAGCUGCCAAUUGAAGCAGUUUUUGGAAUGUGACAAAAGGCAUUUGGUGAUAUCCCAACUGCCGAAGUACGAAGAUGGCUGCUACACCGAGGAAGACAUCGCCAACGUCUUUCUUCCAUACGGAUUUAUCUAUAAACGCGAAAACAUCUUUGUUUUUCCUGAGGCCUGCAUGGCCUUUGUUGUCAUGCCGACAGUGAGGGAUGCGCACGAAAUAAUGAAACUCAUGGUGUGGAACAGCAUCAUGUUCAAAGGGACUCGUCUGCUGCCGCACGUGAUCAACGACAACGUGUUGAAGUCGCCGCUGAUGUUUUAUUCAUACCUGAUGAGCCUGUUCCUGACGCGGCCAGAGGAGGAUCGGGGAGAGAGGAUCAUCUACAUCGAGGGCAUUUCACCGAGCGAAGCCCGAGACCUCAAGGAGGUUCUGAGAAAAAUCGGUUCUGUCACAAACUACCUGCCUCUGCUCAACAAGGUUUUUGUUGAAUUUGACUCGAGUCCUGAUGCAGAUCGACUCGGAGUUUGGCACAGCCUCCUGAACCAUGCCCCUGGAUACAAAGUUUACAGACUGAAACCAACAGACGACCGUUCUGAAGCUCUGUUACCAAGGAAUCCUGCGAACGCUCUGCCGGACAGCAAGGAUGUUGUUCCCGGAGCGACUAUCCUAACGGUAAAAUUUGGCGUUCCACAGGGCAGCAUUGGACCGUUUUGGGUCGCUAUGGCUACGAGUCCCUUUGUGUUCCCCAGCGUGUCUCCUUGGUUCUUCAUCCCAGAACAUCUGACCGUCAAAGGAGAGGUCGACAUCGAGACGGCCAGCAGUCGACGUACCAUGUUCCCCACACUCAUGUUGACCGGUUUACCAGAAGGAGGCUACAGGCAGGAGGACGUCGCCAGGCUGGUCCGGCCUUAUUUCCCCAAACACACUCUCCACUCUCUGUACUACAACGUGAUCGUGCUGACACUGCAGAGGAGGGCCUUCGUGCAUUUCAGCGAUUGGACAUCGUGCUGCGAAUUUGUCAGAGAUCACAUCAGGAAGCCGGUUUCUGUCCAAGGCUGCGUUCUGAAGAUCCACUUUGUCCUGGAGGACAUGUAUCCUGAGUCAAAAGAGGAGCUCAUGUUCAAAUCCUUGAUGAAAUGGAGCAACUCUCGUGUUCCAGAUGCCCAGUCUCUGGAGGAGCGGCUGCUCUGUGUGGAGAUCUCUCAGACCAGUGUCCACAUCGUAAAGUCGGUCAUGUACACGGUGGCGUCCAUUGCUAAACUUGUCAGCUUCCUGCCGCUCGCCAACAGGAUUUGUGUGGAGAUGGCUGACUCCAGUGGUGUAACUAUGGUGCUGGAGAAGUGCAACUUAGUGACGUCAGUUUUUGCAUCGAAGGCCCAUAAGGGUCGCGUUCAAGGUGUUGAAUCUGUGAAGAGCCUCAAGCAGCGUCUUGAAGACUGCAGUGAGAGGACUUUAAACCUGGGUCUGGACACUGUCAGGGCUGAAGCUCCGCCCCCGACACAGCCUCCUCCUCCUCAACCUUCUGCUAACGGGCAACAACCUGUUGAGCAAACCAGUGUCAGUGCUUCUGCUCAACCAGCAGCUUCUGAUGAAUCCAUCACUUGUGAACACGGUGAGAAACUGGGAACCGAGAUCGUCCUGGACUCCACCGCAUGUCCCCAGUCAAAUCAAGAAAAAGUCGUUAAGAUGGCGGAGGAGGGCUCACCAGCGACUACACAUGACGCUGCUUCCGGCGCCACACACACACAUCUGGUCGACUCCGAAGAACCCACCACAGAACUUCUUAAGAUUGACCAGGAACCUUUAGGGGCCAAAGAGGGUCAAGAAGAUUUUUCAGAUGAUGCACUUGCUUCAGACGCCUACAUUUUUGAUGAGCCAAAUUUUGACAUGAGUGACUUUGUCACUCUUGAUGAAAUUUCUGAUGAGGAAGAAAUGAGCCCUGACCCCCAUAGCUCCUUGUCCUCCAAGCAGUCCUCCACAGGGACAAAACUGAAACAAAGCUCCGGUACUUCACACGCUCCGAAAAAUACCUCAAACAGAUCCUCAACAAGAUCCUCAACAAGAUCCUCGAAAGACUCUAAGAGCUCAGCUUCUUUUUCAUCCAAGUCACCCAAAGACUACGUAAGGAGAAGCUCUUCUUCUAGCUCAACGUCUGUGUUGCCAAAAGCAACUAAGGGCUCAUCUAAGCCGACCAAAUCCCCAGCCUCAUCCUCUGCCUCUCCGUCUUUUCUAACUCUUGAAACCUCUCCCUCCUCUGGCCACAAAGCACAGAGGAGCAAGACAAAAUCUCCACUCAAAGGCUCUCAUGCUUCAUCCUCCAGUCGUGGAAUCCGACCGUCCCAAACUGCACGUGAAAGGGUAAAGAUGCUAUCAGCAGCGGUGUCUGUAGAGCGUCUCCCUGUGUCACGGAGACGAGCAGCAAGCGAGAGAGUAGUGGCUGAGUUAAAGGACACCAAACUCAAAGACCUGGAGGCAAGCAAAGAGAAAAAGAGAGAAGAUCCUGACAAAGGUACAAAGGCAGAGGAUGUUCAUGGUGAAAAUUACCAAACGCUUGAAUCAUUUGAUGGCCAAACCGAUAAUCAGAAGGAUGAAGGGAAUCAGGCAGGCAGCUCCGACACCAAGACACCGGAACCUGAGAAAUGCUUUGUCCUGGACAGUGUCAACGAUGAUGGCAAAGCUUGCCCCGAGAAGUCCACUGAAAAGGAAGUGGACAGUGUUACCAAAAACAAAACAGCUAAAGAGGAGAGUUACCUGGUUGAAGAUGAUGCUUCCACAGUAAAGCAGGAGGCAAAUAAUGAAGGUAGUGUCCUAGUGUUAGAUCCAGGUAGGAAAGAAGAAGAAGAGGAAUUAACAUCAGCAGAAUCCUGCAAGGAUAUCAAAAGACCUGAUGAUCAAGUCCCAGAAGAUGAAGACCAGCCUCCUAAAGUCUGUGAUAACAAAGACUGUGAUGUUACUGAACAAGAAACCUUUGAGAUAUUGGAUUCAAUUGACGAUCAGACGAUAAUGGAACAAAACACUGAAGCACAGAGUGAUCAGAUGUCUAAAGACAUUACACGUAGAGAAGAAGAGGAGGAUGCCUCUAAGGUAGUGGAUUCUGUUACUGAACAGCCAAUAACUACAGAGUCUGAGUCUGACAACAAGAAACCUGACGCGACUUCUAGAAGAGAUGAUAGAUCCUCAAAGAGGAGUGGCCUGAGGACCAGAGCAUCCAAAAGUGAAGAGAAGGUCAAAUCACCACGAGACUCCAGUGCAAGACUUCCUCAAAGAGACCAAGACCCUGAAGAGGAGAAGGUGUCGGAGAUGGUCCAUUCCACUGAAGAACUGGUUCGAGAAGCUGCCGCCACAGAAAGGACUGAUAGAAGAAGGAGUGGAAGAGAAAAGAAAGAGGACAAAAUGACUCUGAAUCUCACUGAAGCAUCUGAAAAACCAGAUGAAAUCUUAGACUCUGUGGAGGACGAGACUGCGACUGAGGAACCGGUCGUUAUGACGAGAUCCACCAGAGGAAGAAGGGGAAGGACGACUCAGAAAGACCAAACUAAAAAAGAGGACACACCGACAAGGAGCAGGCGCACACCUGCCAGAGAAUCACAGGACAAAACUCCAAAGAUGGAGAAGGAAGCAUCUUCAAAAGAGAACUCGUCGACAAAGAAGAGCGACAUCACUGUAAGAGAGGAAAUAGAUGAGGAUGCGACCUAUGAAAUAUUAGAUUCUGUGGAGGACGAGGUUCUUCAGGAUGACCGGCCCCCUACAGGAGGGAAAAGGAAGAGGGGAAGACCAAAGAGAGCUGUUAAAUCAACUAGAAAAAACCCUGUAACACUGAAGGGCGACAAAGAUGCAUCUGAAAAAGAAGCUGAUGAUGAUGAAGAGGAGCCGUUGUAUCAGAUUGUAGAUUCUGUGGAAGAUGAUCAAGUUCAGGAAGAGUUGAUGACCUCUGAGGAGUCAAAAGAUGAAACUUGUCCAAAAGAGGAGGAAGCAGCUGUUCAAGAAGAUGCACCAACGUGUAGGACCGUUGUGGAAGCAUCCGACAAAGUGGUGACCAAGGAUUUAGAUCAUGAAGGUUCAUCUACAACAAAGAUCAAAGAUCCCACAACACCAGAAGUGGAGAAGAACCAAGUUACGAGUUCUCUGGUGGACCUGGAGGAAGUGAGUGAUGAGGAGGAAGAUUACCCUGACGACAUCGCUGAGGAAGAAGAACUGAGGGAGAGGAUGGCUGCUGCUAAAGAGAAGCAACUCGCCGCGGAGGUGGAGAGGAGGACCAGGGAAAACGAGGAGAGGAAGGAGCAAGUGAGGGAACGAGAGGAGGAAGAAGGGGUCGACACCGAGGGACUCAUUACUCUGGACGAGGUGGAAGGAGACGAAGCUGGAGAGGAAGUUUCGCAGAUGCGUCCCGAGUCGAAUGGUGAAGUUCCAGCCGGAGAACUGCAAGGGCUCGUGACUCUGGAGAAAACUGUAGAAGAAGUGGAGGAAAAAGUUGAGGCCCGCCCCCCCAUCAAAGACGUCCAAACAGUGGACUCAGCCACCCAGACGUCGGACACUUUAGAUGAAGCGAGUGAUGACGUGAAAGAGAAGCUGGACCAAGUGGAGCCAACAUCCAGACCUGCUACAGCUGUGAGUAAAAGGAAGAAGGAGAUCGUCGGACCUGAAGCAAAGAGAUCUCGUUCUCAGUCUCCUUCUGUUCCUGUCGACUUCAAUCUGCCGCCGUUCAAAGCCAACCAGCCCCUCGGUCAGGAGUUCGUGGUCCCUAAAUCCGGAUACUUCUGUAACAUCUGCCGUGUUUUCUACCUGAGCGAGAGCAGCGCCAAGGACGUUCACUGCAGCAGCCAGGCGCACUACAACAACCUGCAGAAACACUUGCACAAGCUACAACAGAAACUAUCAAGAAGCUCAACGCCAAAUCCUCAAGACCAAGUUUCCGAUUGAUCCAGACUUCAGCUUUCCGAUCCUUGAUUUUGAUUGUGCCUUUAAAACCUGGACAAGUGGAAACGUCUGGAGCCACUGACGACGGGUUUGGUUGAGUUGUGUUUUCAGCCUGAUGGUCACAGGGACAGUUUUUGUGUGGAUGCUCCCGUUGGGAUUAAUCUCUGUCUUCAAAUGUUUGUCCCAUUCUUUUUUUUUUUUUUUAAUUUUAAAAUCUUUAAUUUUCAAUAGAAAAUGUUGAUCAAAGUUGUGAAAUAAACGCUGACAUUCAUCUUUACGUCUCGAAUACAUACAGUUGUAGUAAUCCUGAUAUUCCUCAUGGACAUUUUGAGGGAUAUAGUGUUCUAGAAAUAAAGUGUCUAUUUUAAACGAUAACUUUUUGAGUUUCUUCAUAUGCUGGUGGACAUUUUGACACUAACCUGUAUGUACACUAUGUUUUUCUUUGUAUAUAUCUAAUUAUUAUCUCACACAUGUAAUUAUGGUAACAUUGGUUUGUUUGUUGUUUUUUCAGUUUUUGCCUUUUACUGCUGCUACUUUACAUUUAUCAGUCGCGGCUAUUUCUUUUCAGUGUUAAAUUCCAGUUUGUAAAAGAAAUGUUUG